CACCUACUCCCGCUCCCGCGCCCGACUCCGCCACGGGCUGCGAGCGCGCCGGGAGGCAGAGGUGGUCGAGCCGUCGGCCGGUUUGCAGCUCGGCGGCUGCCGCGCCAGCGCCCUCCCGCCCGCAACCCGUGCAGACAGGCCGGGCGGCCGAGGGAGCUUGGCUCGUGCCUGGUGCCCAGCUCCCGAGUAAACGGCGCACCGAGCGGCGAUGACCGCCGAGGAGAUGAAGGCGGCCGAGAGCGGGGCGCAGUCGGCGCCGCUGCCCCUCGAGGGAGUGGACAUCAGCCCCAAGCAAGACGGAGGCGUGCUUAAGGUUAUCAAGCGAGAGGGCACGGGCACAGAGUUGCCCAUGAUUGGGGACCGAGUCUUUGUCCACUACACUGGCUGGCUGUUAGAUGGCACCAAGUUUGACUCCAGUCUGGACCGCAAGGACAGAUUCUCCUUUGACCUGGGAAAAGGGGAGGUUAUCAAAGCUUGGGACAUUGCCAUAGCUACCAUGAAGGUGGGGGAAGUAUGCCACAUCACCUGCAAACCGGAAUAUGCCUAUGGUUCAGCGGGCAGCCCUCCGAAGAUCCCUUCCAAUGCCACGCUUGUGUUUGAGGUGGAGUUGUUCGAGUUUAGGGGAGAGGACCUGACAGAAGAAGAAGAUGGCGGAAUCAUCCGGAGAAUACAGACUCGGGGCGAAGGCUAUGCCAGGCCCAAUGAGGGCGCUCUCGUGGAAGUUGCACUGGUGGGGUACUACCAGGACCAGAUCUUUGACCGGCGCGAGCUCCACUUUGAGGUUGGUGAGGGGGAGAGUCUGGAUCUGCCUUGCGGGCUGGAGAAAGCCAUUCAGCGCAUGGAAAAAGGAGAACAUUCCAUUGUGUACCUCAAGCCCAGCUAUGCUUUUGGCAGUGUUGGGAAGGAAAAGCUCCACAUCCCACCAAAUGCAGAGCUGAAAUAUGAAGUACACCUCAAGAGUUUUGAGAAGGCCAAGGAGUCUUGGGAGAUGAAUUCAGAGGAGAAGCUGGAACAGAGCACCAUAGUGAAAGAGCGGGGCACUGUGUACUUCAAGGAAGGCAAGUACAAGCAAGCUGUACUGCAGUACAAGAAGAUUGUGUCCUGGCUGGAAUACGAGUCAAGUUUCUCUAAUGAGGACGCUCAGAAAGCACGGACCCUUCGGCUGGCCUCCCACCUCAACCUCGCCAUGUGUCAUCUGAAACUACGGGCCUUCUCUGCUGCCAUUGAAAGCUGUAACAAGGCCCUGGAACUGGACAGCAACAACGAGAAGGGCCUUUUCCGCCGGGGAGAGGCCCACCUGGCGGUGAAUGACUUUGACUUGGCACGGGCUGACUUCCAGAAGGUCCUGCAGCUCUACCCCAGCAACAAAGCUGCCAAGGCCCAGCUGGCUAUCUGCCAGCAGCGGAUCCGCAAGCAGCUUGCACGGGAGAAGAAGCUGUAUGCCAACAUGUUUGAGAGGCUGGCUGAGGAAGACAGCAAGGCCAAGGCAGCAGUAGCUGCAGGAGACCAUCAUGCUGACACAGAGAUGAAGGACGAACAGAAGAAUGAUGUGGCAGGGAGCCAGUCUCAGGUGGAGACAGAAGCAUAGCCUCUCCCCAGCCCUGCUCCUGCGGCUGCCUGCCUCCCCUGCUCCCUACCCUACUCCACCCUGUUAGUUUUGUAAAAACUGAAGAAUUUUGAGCGAAUUAGACCUUUAUUUUUCUAUCUGGUUGGAUGGUGGCUUUGGGGGAAGGGGGAAAGGAGCAGGCUAGGGGAUUAAGGUGGGGGAUCAUUUUAGGUGGCACCCUCUCUUCCCUUCCCCCAUUACGCUGAACGAAUGUCCAUCCACGUGCACACUCAUCAGAAUGUUAAUUUAUUUUGCUUCCUCUGUUUGCUGUGUCUGUUCUUCAGCUGGUAGAAGGGGGCGAGUGGUAGGGAUAUGGUGUCUGCUGUGAAACCAGGGUGGAGAGGGCGACUCCUGGGCAGCCAUUUUCCUCACCCUUUCCUCCCCCCGUUCGUUUCCAAACAUGUGGCCUCCGUGUGGGUGCUAGGGGCAUGGGAAAAACCACUGCUGUGCCCGUGACGGCUCUCUGUUCCCUUCCUCACCCCAGAUGGUGUGGCUGAUGAUGUCUUCUGGUGUCAUGGUGACCACCCUCUGUACCCCCUUUCAGUAUUUCCCCUCCUGUCGGUUUCCCUUCUCGGCCAGGUCAUGUCCCCACCCCCCUCAGCCUCUUUGCACGUUGCUGAAGGCCCAGGCCAUCCUCAAGUUCCAUGCUUGAGCAAUAAAGUGGAAACAAUAAAACCUG